CGGGCCCAGGGCAGGGCGGGCCGGGCCGGGCCGGGCCGGGCCGGGCCGGGCAGGCGGCGCGCAGCAGGGGAGGCUCCGGGCCGCGCCGGGUCACAAUUUGGGUUUGUAGCAGAAAUGCUUUCCGAACAGACAGCGGCUCUGGGCACAGGAUGGGAGUCAAUGAACAUCCAGCUGGAUGGAGCAGAGCCCCAGAUGGAAAGGAGAAGUCAGGGAGAGGUGCCCUGGAGAACAAUGGCAGGCCCACUGGAGCACCUGUGCUGUGGCCUUGAAGAGGAAUCACAGUCUCUUCAAGAGAAAGCUCAGUCAGCUCCCUGGGUCCCUGCUGUUCCCCAGGAGGCGGGGACCGGAGACUGGGAAAUGGCAGCCGCUCUUCUUGCAGCAGGAUCACAGGGCCUGGUAACCAUCAAGGAUGUGUCAUUGUGCUUCUCUCAGGAAGAGUGGCGAAGUCUGGACCCUUCUCAGACAGACUUUUACGGAGAAUAUGUCAUGCAGGAAAACUGCGGGAUUGUGGUCUCCCUAAGAUUUCCAAUUCCCAAAUUGGACAUGCUUUCUCAGCUAGAAGGAGGAGAAGAACAGUGGGUCCCUGACCCCCAGGACUUGGAGGAAAGGGACAUCCUGAGAGUCACAUACACAGGAAAUGGAAGUGAGCACGAGGGGGACACCCCUGAACUGGAAGCAGAACCUCCCAGAAUGUUGUCCAGCGUGUCCGAAGAUACUGUUCUCUGGAACCCAGAGCAGGGUGGGAGCUGGGAUUCCAUGCCCAGAAACCCCAGAGGGAUGCUCUUGGGCCCACCUUUCCUUCAGGAGGAGAAUUUCUCCAAUCUCCUGUGUAGCACGGAGAUGGAUUCCCUGCUGAGACCACACACGUGCCCCCAGUGUGGGAAACAGUUUGUGUGGGGCUCCCACCUGGCCAGGCACCAGCAGACACACACAGGAGAGCGGCCCUACAGCUGCCUCAAGUGUGAGAAGAGCUUUGGGCGGAGACAUCACCUGAUUCGGCACCAGAAAACCCACCUCCACGAGAAGCCCAGCAGGUGCUCCGAGUGUGGCAAGAACUUCCGCUGCAACUCCCACCUGGCCAGCCACCAGCGAGUGCACGCGGAGGGGAGGUCCUGCAAGGGCCGGGACGAGGACGAGAGCCUGGGGGCUCGGAAGCGGCCGCGGCCGCCGCCAGUGCCAAAGUGCCACGUGUGCACUGAGUGCGGGAAGAGCUUUGGCCGGCGGCACCACCUGGUGCGACACUGGCUGACACAUACUGGGGAGAAGCCCUUCCAGUGCCCUCGCUGUGAGAAGAGCUUCGGCCGCAAACACCACCUGGACAGGCACCUGCUGACCCACCAGGGGCAAAGUCCUCGGAGCAGCUGGGACCGGGGGGCGUCGGCCUUCUGAAGGCGCUUCUGCAGCUGCAACUGCGUCACAUCUGUCGGCCGGUGCUGCCCGGGGUUCUCGCAGAGCUGCCGGUCUCGACACAGGAAGGGCCAGUCUCAUAACGCUGCCCGUCCUAGAAGGAUGAGGCUGCGGCGUUGGCCGGUGCGUUUCUCGCCCCUUCUGUGGGAUGCCACGUAAAGUAGUUGCAGGCAAAAGUUUUGGGAAACAGUGCAUACUUCACGGGCUUUUAUGGAGCCCAACUCAAUCCUUAAGAGGGACACAGAAAUAGUGGCUUGUAGCCAAGGGCUGUUCUGAUUGGCUGGAGCCCGUGCCAGACAGUCAUAGUCUCUCUUUCUAAGGAGAGAGAAGAAUGCGUCACAGGUUAAAGGCUCGAAACACUUACCCGGUAAAGCAAAUUGUUAAGCCUCUUCUAUGCAGGGUUUCCUAAACAUACUUGCCUCAGUUUCCUUUCUAUCUCACAUCCUACAGAAUUGGUGAUGAUGUGAACCAUUCUGGUGAACACUGGGUUAGAGGAAACAGGAAAGAGAGAACGUGUAGGGACCCAGCACCCAGAGACACCCGCCCCCCUUGGUAAAAUUCAGAUGAAAGCUGUGGGGCAGGCCUCGUUCCUGUGUGGGUGCGGGUGCGUCACUGUUACCCCAGGCAUCAGUAUACAGUUUCACUCCCACCUGCUGCACAGUAGAAACAGUAACCUUUUUGCCUGUUACUCAUACUCCCUUCAUCCUGCACAGACAUAUGUCCAGCUGAAAGAUCACGCUGCAACAAACACUAAGAGAUAUACUUUAUACAUACAUAGCCCCAAGCAACUCAAGUCCACACAGAAGAUAAAGCUUGAUUCCCUGGGACAGACCCAUCCUUUAACUGUGUCUUCGUGUCUAUGUGUAUCUGUUGCAGGGUCUUUGAAGAGAGCAUGCAAAGUGCAAACUGUGAAAGCUAGAUUUUCUAGGGGCUGUUUUAGGGAUGAGGGUUGUGGGGAUUGUAUGGGGCUUUUCGUUUGUUUUGUCCCAAGAUAGAAAAUAAGCUGAGAGAUUACGGGAGCCCUUGUAGGAAACGUUAAGUGAUGGAUUAAGUUGUGGAAGUUGAGGUGUAAAACUUUCUCCAGUGUCGCUGAGAGUAACACUGAGAUUAAUAUAAAUAUAUGUAUGAUGUAAUACGCACACACACACGUGUGUGUUUGUGUGUGUGUGUGUGUAUAAACACACAGUUGUCUAGGUGAACCUCUGAACCACAGAUGACACAGAUUCUCUUUGCCUGGGAGGAAAAAGAAACAUCCUCAGGUGACCUGAUUCUUGUUCAUUUCAAGCAAACUUCUUAUAGAAGCUCUGAGCUAAGUGAGAUUUGGGGGUUGCUAUAAGUGGUAAAUCAAGGCAGGAAUCUCAGUGCUUGCAAGUUGUCAUCACUCUGGCUUGGCCGUCAAGGGGUAGAGUAUUCUUGAGGAUUUCAUUGUUAGAGAAAUAGGACUUUCGUAGAAGUGACUGUGGUUUAGCUUCUCAGCUGGUAUCGGGAAUAAGGCUUCCAGUUGGCUUCUUCCCACUUCUGGGAAGGUGUUCACGUGACGCGUCUUACCUCCAGGAUUUGCAUAAGUAUUCCAGCAUCUGUUAAUGAGCUGUUCAUGGCUGUUUCUAUUGACUUGCUAAUACCAGUCUUAUAAUUUGAAAAUUACAUUGAAGAGCAGUUGGGCACUAGGCUGGAAGAGGAGCAAAAAAGAUGAAAGUGGGCUGUUUUUCUCUCUUAUGCUUAAACUCAGCUUUUUUUCCCUUACACACUUCUCGACCACAACUGAGAAAAGUCAGGAGAGACAAAAGGAAGUGAAUUGCACCAAUCCAGUUUAAUGACUAUUCUGUUUGCUUGAAAAAAAAGUUGUUGAAUACACAGUUCAUCUGGGUCCAGGCCCAAAUGGAGCUAAAAAUGUAGCUGUUUUGCUGAUACAGCUUUGUAGUGAGUGUAAACUCCCUACGCAACCCAACUCCCACCUUCCUCUGGCCUUUCAAAGCAGCAUUCUGCUUUGCCUGAAAUGCACGCCUCUUCUUAUACUCCAGUGAGUAGAGCAAAGUGAUCAGCCCUUUGUAAGGCCGUGUUCGAGACCUCAGAAACAGGAGCUCAGUGUUAUCACGGACUUGUAAGGUAUUGGCUUCCCAUGGUAAGAUCAUGCCACUUCUGUUGCCCUCCUUCUGUACCUAGUUCAUAAAUGUCAGUUAGCUUUGCAGAAACAAUGGUCUGUAGUUACAGACCCUUUUGAGAAUCUAACAGCAUCAGAAGCUCUCUUAGGAGAAGAAUAAGACAUUAGCAAUUCACCCAUUUUUGCAUACACAUUUAGCAGAUGCUGUGCCCAUGCAUGGAUUCACUUAAGUGGGGUCAAAAGGGGGGUAUCUGCAAUAAUCCAUUGUGGUCAUCAUAAGAUAUUUUUGUCAAGAAUUACAAAGUAAAGAUAGCUCAAUAUUUUAAAGACAAAGAUACCAGAGGCAGUAGAAUAUAAGGAUAGUCUGGUCUUUAAUGGCUAGAUAGAUAAGGAAUCUUGCAUUCUCUGUUUUUCAAGGAAAGAUAAGAUGCUCACAAGUCCACCUUCUCACACACAUGAGGAUGGCCUUUCCUUCCUGUCAUGUCAAAACUUUAAAAUCACAUUAACCUUGAGCCUUUGCUCUGUUUUAGUAACUGCCAGCCUAGAAGUGAAGCCCCCAUGGUGCAGGUGCAAUCAAGAAGCACUCAAGAAGGCAUCAUAAACCUUCUGUAAAAUGGGGCAACCCUUUUCUUCACUUCACUUCUCGUGGUCUACUGUUUCCUCUACCUCAGUCCAAUACCACUUCCCUUGGACAAAAACUAAAACAAGAAAUAGCCAUCUAUGGGUGAAUUUUAGUGUUGGAUCUCACAGGGAAUUAGCCUCAAAUGUCUCUCUUCUACCAACUUCUACUACAUGUGUACACUAUCCUCUUUAAAUAAUAAUAAUAAUUUUUGAACUCUCAUUUCUCUGGAUAAAGUGGUAGAGAAGUCCAUUUUCAGUAACCUGUUAUCUUUUUCCUCCGCAGUGUCUAGACCCUCUUCUGGACUCAAAAUCAUUUACACUGGAGUUAACCCUAUUAGCCAUUCCGAGGGUGAUUUAUAUUUUAAGCCUUAGCACUUUGAAAAUGAAAGGAAUGGCUUCUUUUGCAAAAGUAAUAUGCCUUCAAGGGGUUAAAGGGAUGGUAACUUAAGAGAAAAAAAAUCCCUUUUCCACCACUCCUGCAGUCAAAACACUUUCCUCUUUCCAUCACGGGCAGAGUGAGCCUUCACAAGAUUGGUUCUCUCAUUAUCUGUUCAAAUGAGUCCAGCAGCUGCGGUUCAAAGGGGCUGGCAGGAACAAGACAAAUCUUCCAUCAGACGUAAGAGAUCCUGAGCCGACAAAAUUCCUUUUGUUUCUUGAAGUGCUAUACCUGGUCUCAGAUCUCAGUCAGCAGCAAUACCACCUGGGAAUUUGCUUUAAAAAGGCAAAUUCUCAGACUCCAGACCCAAGAAACAAAUUCACAACUUUAUUUUUUUUCUUUUUGGGUCAUACCCAGCAAUGCACAGGGGUUACUCCUGGCUCAUGGACUCAGGAAUUAUUCCUGGUGAUGCUUUGGAGAUCGGAUGGAAUGCUGGGAAUUGAACCUGGUCAGCCGUGUGCAAGGCAAACACCCUACCAGUUGUGCUAUUGCUCCUGCCCCAAAUUCACAACUUUUAAGUCUUUUCAGAAUAACUAAUGAGAUUCAACUCCCAUUUCAAUCAUGUUAUUCUAUCCUUGUGUGGGCUGGAGCAAUAGCACAGCAGGUAGGGCAUUUGCCUUGCACGCGGCUGACCUGGGUUCGAUUCCUCCGUCCCUCUCAGAGAGCCCAGCAGGCUACCAAGAGUAUCCCGCCCACACAGCAGAGCCUGGCAAGUUCCCUGUGGCGUAUUCAAUAUGCCAAAAACAGUAACAAGUCUCACAAUGGAGACGUUACUGGUGCUGGCUCUAGCAAAUCGAUGAACGGGAGGACAGUGCUACAGUGCUACUCUAUCCUCUUUAAAUGGGGAGAACCCAUUCUAGGUAGAAGUUGUAAUCAAGCCAUGAUGCCUGUCAAAAAUAUACUUUGAAGAUACUGUCCAAUUUAGUAUUCAAGAAGGGCUCUGUCUUGCACGCCUUAACCUACACUCCAGUUCCUCUCUGGCAUACCCACAAGGACAGUUAAACUAAAGCUGCAAGCCUGCCACCCUUGUGGAGCACUCCGGAGUCAGGUGAGAGUAGACUUAAACUCUUCCAGAAAGGUGAUGAGCCCCUAUCCUGCAACGCAGAAAACCUUAGCUAGGACUUUCUCAACCCGAUACCUCAGGCUCUCCCUCUGUCCUGUAACCAGCUCCAUUUUCCACGCUGAGCAGCCACUUUGAGUUGGCUGGUUUGAUUUGGUAUUUUGUUUUGCCUGGGGAAUUUCAGUUUCCCAAGGGUCUUUAUUCUUCCCAGGCCCUAACUUUCUCUUCACACCAAGCUCCUAGCUGUUGUCUGACUUAACUAAAUGGCUUGUGAACUUCCUUCAGAUUACUUGAUCCUUUGUACCCCUCUGGAUCUGUAACAUACUCUUUGUGGUCCCUGUCAUUUAAAUAAAACAAUGUGACCAA